AUUGCCAUUCUGAUUCUCGGUAGUGACCUUCACGAUCUCUCUCUCUCUCCUAUGAUUCGGAUCACCACAUGACUCGUUCUCCAUCCCGUAAAAGAACGUGCCAGAACCAAAUUUCCUAAAUUUGCCUACCUUCCUUUAGAGCUCCACGAUCCAGGGGAGGAAGACCAAAGAACGAAUUGAUGCCUGUGGUUGCUGGAGCUAUAUCGAGUUCCAGAGACAUGGGUUUUGACGAGAAGAAGAACAAGGGAGGAGGAAAAGGGGAAGAGAACACGUCCAAAACGGUGUCGUCUCAUUACGAGAGCACCGAUGAGGAAUCCAUGGGGAGACAGAUGAGCGAGGUUUCUCUUGGCGCGACGGAGGAAGAGGAAGAAGAUGAAGCCUCUCUUGGUGAGAAAUUACAGUUGGGCCCUCAGUACACUAUCAAGGAGCAUCUCGAGAAGGAUAAGGAUGAUGAGAGUCUCAGGAAGUGGAAGGAACAGCUCCUGGGAAGUGUGGAUAUGAACAGUACCGGAGAGACUCUUGAUCCCGAAGUGAAGAUCCUUAGCCUUGUGAUCGUUUCUCCGGGUAGACCCGAUACCGUUCUUUCGAUUCCCGAGGGAGGAAACAUCAAGGGCUUGUGGUUUACAUUAAAGGAAGGGAGCAAAUACAACUUGAAAUUCACAUUUCAAGUUAGCAACAACAUUGUGUCUGGCCUUAGGUACACAAGUACGGUCUGGAAGACCGGUGUUAAAGUGGAUAGAACAAAGGAGAUGCUUGGAACUUUUAGUCCUCAGCUUGAGCCGUACACUCAUAUGAUACCGGAAGAGUCCACUCCUUCGGGGAUUUUUGCUCGAGGUUCAUAUUCUGCGAGAACUAAGUUUCUCGACGAUGAUAACAAGUGCUACUUGGAGAUCAACUACACAUUCGAUAUCCGUAAAGAAUGGCCUGCAACUUGAAAAUGGAAAGACUCUCUCUCUCUCUCUCUGUAUUGGAACAUGUUAAGUGGUGAAUCAAACAUAUUAACCAGUUCGUCUUCAUUCAUGUCUGCGGCUAGAAGUUGGUAGUUUGGAACAAGAACAUGAACAUCAUCAUCAUCAUCAUCAUCUUUGAGAAGAAGAAGAAGAAGAAGAAAACAUUGUAUCCCUUAAAAAUGUUGAUAAUGAUUUCCUGUAAUAGUUUCUGAAGGCUUUUGUUCUGUUCGGUUCAGUUUGAAUGCUUAUGGAAUCUUCCAUUGUUAGGUUUGGUUGAUAAACCUCAGUUUGUGAGUUCUGUUUUUGUCGGAUUCGUCACCUAAGAACAUUCUGUGUUUUAAAACCUA